GCAGCCAGCUACAGCAUUUACAGAAAAUAGUCUUCAUGGCUACUGGUGAAGGUGUCUCGUCUCAACCUGAUGAAACCAAGACAAAAUUUGCAGCUGAACUGAAAACACUGAAAGAUACACGGAAAGAAUGUGCUUAUCUUGCUGAACAAUAUCUAAUUAAGGAUCUGUUACCUGUCCUCUUAAAACCCACUGGUGGCGAACAUCAGGACGCUAUUAUGACAGAGUAUGUAUCCGAGUGCAUCGCGUUGUGUUGGACUAUGGUGGUACAAGACCCACCGGUGGAGCUCUACUGGCCUCAAAGCGAAAAAGGAAGCACCAUAGAUAGGGAUAAGUUUAAUCUGUACACAAAAUCUGGAACUCGACUAAACCACGUUGUGUGGCCGGCUGUACUAUUACACAACCUUGGCCCUCUUCUCAAAAAAGGGGUCGUUCAGGCUCUCUAACAUUUUAUCAACAGACCGUAUAUUCAUUUUGACUUCCUUUUCUGUUAUUUAAUG